AGUCACGCCGCGACGCUGACAGAACGGCGGUAAUAUUUUAUUUUAUCAGCAACCUGGGGUUAUUCGCCGAUUUUCUCCCGUCCAUCCCCCACUCGCUCGCUCUCCAUUUCCCAACACGUCCGCGUCUUAUUUUGAAACCCAAAAUCGAGAAGCCAUCCCCCGUGCACCUUGGGUCCAUUUGCCACUUGUGUUUUUUUUUUUUUUUGUUAAAUUUUACUGCCCCUCUGCUUGGACAGUUGUCCUCAGUAGCCCGACAAAAAAAGAAGAGAAAAUGUCACAUUUGGACGUAGAAGCGUUGUUGGACGCCGCAGCUAACGGCGCGGACAGUAGCAAGGACAAGAAGGCCACCUCCAAUGGCGACAGCCACACGAAUGGCGACCGCAGCGAACGCGGUGAUCGGAGCUCCCGUCACGACCGGGACAGGUCCCCGCGCGACUCCUCGCGCGACCGUCGACGUCGCGGCAGCCGGACGCCCAAGAGCGAGGCUGACCGGACCCCCCGAAGCGACGCGGGCAGCAGUACUCAUAAAAGCAGGCGUCGCAGCCGCAGCCGCGACAGAGAUUCUCGCCGCUCGCGUCGUCACAGGGGAGGAGAGGGCGACUACUACCGCGGCGCCCGCUCCCGCUCCCGCUCGCCGAACCGCUACUACAGACCUAGGGAUAAUCGCCGCGACCGCGACGACGACAGGCGCGGCUCGCAUCGCGGCCGAGACGACGACCGCCGACGUGCCCGUAGGGGUAGCAGGUCUAGGGACCCCAGCCCCCCUGCGCUGACUGAGGAUGAGCGUGAUCGUCGUACAGUGUUUGUUCAACAGCUUGCCGCUCGUCUACGUACCCGAGAGCUCAAGGAGUUCUUUGAGAAGGCUGGUCCAGUUGCUGAGGCUCAGAUUGUCAAGGACCGCGUCAGUAACAGGUCCAAGGGAGUCGGCUACGUUGAAUUCAAGACCGAGGAAUCCGUUGCUGCUGCGCUUCAGCUCACUGGUCAAAAACUCCUAGGUAUCCCCGUCAUAGUGCAGCCGACCGAGGCCGAGAAGAAUCGUGCCGUCAAGACGGAGUCCACCGGAACCCAGCAGACUUCGGUCCCAUUCCAUCGCUUGUACGUUGGCAACAUACACUUCAGUAUCACUGAGCAGGACCUCCAGAACGUUUUUGAACCUUUUGGUGAGCUCGAGUUUGUUCAACUUCAAAAGGACGACAGCGGCCGUAGCAGAGGCUACGGGUUUGUGCAAUUCCGUGACGCUACCCAAGCUCGUGAGGCUUUAGAGAAAAUGAAUGGGUUUGAUCUAGCAGGUCGUCCCAUCCGCGUUGGCCUUGGCAACGAUAAGUUCACCCCCGAAUCUACGGCCAACCUGCUGCGGGGAUUCCAGGGCCCCAAUGGACAGCAGCAGUAUCAAGGUUCCGCGUUCUCGGGAUCUGGUGGUAGAGGAGCUGCCGGUCAGCCUUCCAAUUUUGACCGCGCUGGGGGACGAGACAACGACAAGGGUAGCGGCGCCAGUGCUCUGGAUGACACUGACGUCGCUGGUGUCAACUUCAACAAUUUUAGCCGAGAUGCUCUCAUGAGAAAACUUGCAAGAACUGACGAACCCUCCACCACGCAACCUGAGAGACAGAUUCUCAAACCCAGAACUGAGGUUAAGCCCCUGCCUAUCAACAAUGUUAACCAGGCCAGUCGCUGUGUGGUACUUCACAAUAUGUUUGAUCCUGCCGAAGAAGAAGGCGACGACUGGGUCAAGGAGCUUGAAGAAGAUGUCCGGCAGGAGGCCGAGGAGAAGUAUGGGCAUGUUGUGCACAUUUCUCUGGACCCCAACUCGCAGGGCGAUAUCUACCUAAAAUUCGACCGAGUGCAGGGAGGCGAGAACGCCAUCAAGGGUCUCAAUGGCCGCUACUUUGGCGGCCGUAUGAUUACUGCUGCGCCUGUGGUAGACGCAUUCUACAGCAGUUUGUUCUCGCGCACAAAAGCUAUCUAAAACACUAAUUACGGCCAUGACACCAGAGCAGUGCACGAAUCCCAACCGACUAGGACAUUAAAGAUCCCCUUGUUCCCAAAUAUAUGGUUGAGCUUUCCGACAAACGUUUAUUUCACAGUACAGUACCACACAAGAUGACGGAGAAAUCUCUCAUCCUCACCAAAAAAAAGAAAAUACUAGGCUACACCACGAAAACCAUACAACCACAGACACAUUCAUACCGGCCCCGAUCACGAUCUCGCAAGGUCCAGCCACCCCCAACGCAUGCGACGGCAACAUUAGGCACGGCUCGGUUACACGCUUUUUGACCUUCUCCCCAGAAGACUACAAAAGGCUUUCGCAUCCCUUGACGGUGCUGAUCCAUGCUGAUGACUGGCAAAUAGGCACAUAUCUCUCAGUUUGGGAGGAGAAAAAUGUUUUGACUACCUCCAAAAUUGUUUGAGGUUCCGCACAGGCGUUGAGGUUCAUUUUAUUAUUAUUUUUAGGCUCGAAUAGAAAGACUAUUAGCAAAUACUCCCCAGAAGCUUUGAAGCAGAA